GUUGGAAUAAAGGGAAGAACAACUGACUAAAAUGAAAUAAAAGAGAUCAAAUCAUACAGACAUGCCCUUCUUCGGAACAUAUGUGAAGAUGCUACAGUGCAAUCAUACCAAAAAGGCUACACUACAAUUAUUCCUCUGCUUCCUCUGCAUCCUCGGCAUCCUCUGUGUUUUGAUGCUGAGUCUUCAUUACGACUGGCUGAGGGAAUCCUCGUUUUUAGCUGCUUCCUCCUCCAAAAAGUCCAAGCAACACAAUGUAACCAUCCUGCAGUGGCACUGGCCCUAUGACAAGGUUUUGAAUUUCACCCAGGACAUCUGCUGGAAAGGCUUUGGCAUCCCAAACUGCAGGGUUGUGACACAGAGGUCCUUGUUUUCAGAGGCGGACGUGGUGGUGUUCUUUAACCGAGAGCUUAGCAUUAACAAGGAGAAACUGCCCCUAGAGCUUCCCAGACCGCCAGGCCAGAGGUGGGCUUGGAUGACCAUGGAGGCGUCUGUGCGCAACGGAGACCGGAGACGAUUUGCAGGUUUGUUCAACCUCACUGUGCACUUCAGGAGGGACGCAGAUGUUAGCAUACCAUACGGUGGACUUCUACCACAGGACUCUAAAACUCCAAUGGAAAACAUCCAAUGGAAAAAAACAGAUCUGGUCUGCUGGGUGGUCAGCAACUACCAAGAGUCGUACAAAAGAAGCCAAGUGUACAAAGAACUCAGCGCUGUCGUCCCCGUGAAGGUCUACGGACGGUGGGCAAAUGUUCCUCUUGCGCCCAAAGACCUUCUUCCCACCCUAUCUCGCUGCUAUUUCUAUUUAGCCUUCGAGAACACCAUCGCCAAAGAUUACAUCUCCGAGAAGCUGUGGAGGAAUUCUUACCAAUCUGGGGCGGUUCCGGUCGUCCUGGGAGCAUCUGUGCAAGAUUACGAGGCUGUGGCGCCGCCUCACUCGUUCAUCCACGUUGACCAGUUUGCGUCGGUGAAAGAGCUUGGCAAGUAUCUGCAGCAGCUGGCGGGCGACGUCAAGCACUAUCGCGAGUAUCUGCAAUGGAGGAGAGAGUGGAAGGUGGAAUUGCACAACAACUUGAAGUGGAGAUUGUGUCAGAUCUGUUUGCGGUAUCCCAGCUUCCCUCCGCACAAGGUCUACGAUGACCUGGAGGCCUGGGAUAACGUUGUGUAGGAGGGAGGGAGGGAGAGAGAGAGACGUAUGCUGCAAUGUUUAGUCAGUCAGAUUAUACCUCCUUUAAAUACAACAACUUUUCAUUUGUGGAAUUAGAACAAGUGUGUCUGUUUUCUGCUGUAAAUUGUGAACUUGUAUUUAGGUUCCGUGUUUUGGUUUGUUAACUGUGAAAAAUUAGAACACAACACACAUAUGUAUAUCAUAACAUCAUAUAUAUAACAACACAUGGAUCUCACUCUAAAUAAGCAAAAAAAAAAAAACCAAGAUGACAGGUAAUGAAAUAUACAAUAUUACUGGGUCAAAAAAAAAAUAGACAUCACAAUCAAAGCUAAAGACACCACUGAUACAGCUUUCAAAACUCUGAUACCAAUGAUAAUGAUGUAUUUUUCUUUAUGGCAUUGAUGCACAUGUGAAUGUUUGAUGUGUUUGAUUCUUGAUAUUAUGUGACAUGCAUAAAAUAUAUUAGAGUUAAGUCAUCUGAUGCAAAUGCAAUGGACAAGAAGUACAAGAAUGGAAUUAUAAUGAGUAAAGACCGUAGAGACCACUGGUAUGUAAUUACUAUUGUUGGUCCUAAGAUACAGUUGGAUAUAAAUACUAUGUAUAUUGAUGGAUUUUUACGAAGUAUUAAAUGGUUACUGCGAGUAGUGUUUGAUGCUAUCCCUCUUUGAUUUAAAAUGUCUUUAAAAAUGUUGCCUAUCAUUCACAAUCCUUAUGUAUGACAAACACACAUGUUUUUCAUUUUUUUAAAUGGAUUCUGACUAUUAAAUAAACGGGUGUAAAAGUCAGCUUACAAUAGAGCCUAUUGGAGGCGAUUCUAAAGAUUGGGCCAAAGUGAGGUUGGAAAUGUUUGUAAAUUUUGGAAGUUGUCUUCUCAAUACUUUGUCACUAUAUUUAUUGUACAAUAACUGAAGUACACAUUUCUAGAAAUGUCUUGUAUUUUCAGAAUAUUGAGGAAUGUUUAUUCCUCUCCCCGAAUGUGUCACUAUCGAAACAGCAAUAAAUUACGAAUAAAAAAUAUUAUGCUAAGCUGUUACUAUGGUUACUUCCCUUGUGCAGAGAUUAUUUUUAAAUAAUUGAAGU